UUCCCUACAACGAAAACGCGUACCUCUGCAGCGGUUAACUGGGAGGUGGUGUCCAUUUAAUUUACAACACUAAAUAUUACGAUUAUUAUAUUUUACUGGUGUGAAACUCACUGAAGAGGGGUCUCCCGAGAUGAGCAGUUCAGAGGAAGUGUCAUGGAUCUCCUGGUUCUGUGGACUGAGGGGAAACGAGUUUUUCUGUGAGGUGGAUGAGGACUACAUCCAGGACAAGUUCAACCUGACUGGGCUCAAUGAGCAGGUUCCCCACUACCGUCAGGCUCUGGACAUGAUCCUGGACCUAGAACCAGAUGAGGAGCUGGAGGACAACCCCAACCAGAGUGACCUCAUAGAGCAGGCAGCAGAGAUGCUCUACGGGCUGAUCCACGCACGAUACAUCCUCACCAACAGGGGCAUCGCUCAGAUGUUGGAGAAGUAUCAGCAGGGGGACUUUGGCUACUGCCCCCGCGUCUAUUGUGAGAAUCAGCCCAUGCUUCCCAUUGGUCUGUCGGACAUCCCAGGCGAGGCUAUGGUGAAGCUGUACUGCCCUAAGUGUAUGGACGUAUACACGCCCAAGUCCUCCCGGCACCACCACACGGACGGGGCCUACUUUGGCACUGGAUUCCCCCACAUGCUCUUCAUGGUGCACCCCGAGUACAGGCCCAAGAGGCCCGCCAACCAGUUUGUGCCCAGGCUCUAUGGAUUCAAGAUCCACCCCAUGGCCUAUCAGCUCCAGCUGCAAGCAGCCUCCAGCUUCAAGAGCCCUGUCAAAGCCAUCCGCUAAAGGCCAGAGAGAGAGGGGAAGAAAGAGAAAGGGAUGAUUGAGGGGAUGGGUCAUCUGCACAAAGCUCCAUACAGAUGCCUCCUCUGUCCUGCAGACUUUAUUAUUUGGUUUAGAUUAGGACGAUUGUGUGAGCGAGACAAAAACGCACAGCUUCGAUUCCAAACCGUUACACACACACCUACACACCUACACAGAAAUACACACUUAGGAUUCCAUGCAUCUAUGUUACCAAACUCACCAGUGCCGAAAGAGGGGAGGGAAAGACAGUCUAUGAAUGUUAUUGGAUUUAACGUUGCUGUUUCCCUUUGUUAUUACCCCUUUUUCCCCUAUGAACUUGCUCCACGUUGAGUUGUUUUCUGUCCUGUCUUUGGCACAGUUUGGUAAAGGGUGAUGGUAGUCCAUCACCACUGGCUGAAUAACAAUUCCUCCGCCACACCCAUACCCAUGUAUACUGUGGCUGGCACUCACAGAGAUCACUUGGUUGAUGAUGAUGAUAAGUACAAAGUCUGUCACUAAGGGUGUUGCCAUUUCACCUCUUCUGUAAACCAUUGUUUUACCAAGGCACUCAUGCAGGCUUGUAUCACUUUUAUUGUAUGAUACUCACUGAGGCCAGUGUGUCAAGGCGGUCAUUCACAAUACAAAGUGUUCUGUCAAAUUUGCCUUAAACUUUGAGAAACGCACGGGUGCUAUGGUUUACAGGAAGUGCAAAUCUAGGACAUAAUAUAGCUGUGAAUUUUUGUUAGACGUAGGAUAGACACGAAUAAACCUGAAAUUAAUUACAUGUUCUAGAAUGUCCCAGAAAAUACAUCAUAACAACCCACCUGCUGUCUCUGUGUCACCCAAAACAAUAGUCCUGUUUGUGUGGUAUGGCAAGGUGUGAAGGUCAGCUCUGUCAAUGUCACAUGUUGCUGGGCUAGUAUCAUUGUAACAGGACACAUCUCUCUCCACAACUGCACUGAUUUAACUGGUGUCCCUCCACACAUUAUAGUAGGAUUAUUUAUGUAAAAUCUAGCGACAGAAAAUCAGCUCCUAUUUUGUGAUGCAGUUGGGGUUUCAUCGCCCCACUACACAUGUACUUUUGAUUCCUUGUUGCAAAAAGUAGAACACUUGAUAUAUGUUUUGAUCCAGAACGAUAAGGAUGAUUUGUCAAGAUUAUAAUUAAUGUCUGUGUUUUUUGAAACUGCGGAUGAGUGACCAGGAUUCAGAAUUCUCAAUAAACUUUUUUUCUUUUCAUA